AUGUUCCAAUUGAUGACAGUGCGUACUCGACUUCGUGUCUUCGGUCUAAGACCGCGGCGGCCAUAUGUUGGACCACUGCUUGAUGCGCGGCGAAGUGCCAGACAAAUGCAAGUACUGAACGCACAUUCCAUAAAAGAUGAAAAACAAGUUCCGGCGCUACUCAGUCUGAUUGGAGGAAGGACAUACAAUGUGUUACGAGACCUAACUGCAACGGACAGGCCAGCGACAAAAACAUUUAAUGAACUGGUGGCGAUAUUAAAGAAUCAUCUGUCCCCAAAACCCUUACUUAUCGCUGAAAGGUUCCGCUUUCAUAAGCGUGAUCAGAAGGAGGGAGAAAGUGUAAGAGAUUAUGUAGCUCAAUUACGAAAAUUAUCGGAGCACUGUGAAUUUGGAGUCGUGUUGAUGGAGUCACUGAGGGACCGGUUCGUUUGCGGGUUGAAGAAUGAGGCAGUUCAGAAAAAGUUGCUGUCGGAAAAAGAUUUAAGUUUUGAUAAAGCUGUGGAUAUUGCAGUGGCCAUGGAAACCGCCGCACGGGAUGCGGUUGAAUUACAAGCGAAACACAAGGGUCUGAGUGUACAUAGCCUGAAAUCAAAGAAUCCAAAGUUCAGCUCUAGAAAUCAGAAAUCAUCACAGCAAAACAAACCCAAGGUGAGUUCACACGAGAAGCCGUGUUAUCGAUGCACACGUCCAGGACAUGAUCCUCAAAAAUGUUUCUUCAAAAAUGAAAAAUGUAACCAGUGUGGAAAAGUAGGUCACAUUAAAAAGGCGUGUCGGCGUGAGGUACACACAGAGAAAAAUGGGAAGAAAGUACACUCUCUAGAUGACCAGUAUUAUGAAUAUGGUGACAUUGUAAGUGACAUAUACACGGUACAUGAUACACAGUCCCCAGGUCCUUAUUGGGUAAAGCCCAGAGUAGAUGGGACACCACUACGGAUGGAACUGGACACCGGUUCAGCAGUGUCAGUAAUCCGGAAACAGGAUUUAGUGGAGCAUUUUGGGAAAGUUACAUUAAACCCCACCACAAAGGUAUUCAAGACCUAUUCAGGUGAGACUAUCACUCCGAUUGGGGUAAAGGAAGUCAAAGUACACAUCAACAACCAAAUAAGUGAUCUUCCUCUGUACGUUGUGGAGCGCGGUGGACCUCCUCCAUCGUUCGGAAGGAGUUGGCUAAGUGAACUAAAACUGAACUGGGCAGAAAUACAUGCAGUUUCGGCAGUGUCAGACCGUAGUAACCGUGCUGAUUCAGUAAAAUCCAUUCUCCAGAGAUACGCGGAGGUGUUUGAACCUAAUCUCGGUACAGUAAAGAAUAUUCAGGCCAGGUUCAUAUUAAAGGAGGAUAGUCAACCCAAGUUCAUGAAAGCGAGGCCCGUGCCUUUCUCUCUUAGGCCAGCUGUGGACAAGGAACUUGAUAGACUUGUUAACCUAGGUAUACUUACACCGGUUGAUCAUAGUAGCUAUGCUACUACCAUUGUAGUAGUGCCCAAGAAAGAUGGGUCGGACCGCAUUUGUGGGGAUUUCAAAACUACUGUUAACUCAAUGAUUGUGAUUGACAAGUAUCCUUUGCCUAAGAUUGAAGACAUAUUUGCGAAUCUGUCUGGGGUUCAGCACUUUACUAAAAUUGACCUGAAGAACGCCUAUCUACAAAUGGAGGUUGUUGAGGAACAGAGACCACUGCUGACAAUUAAUACACACCGAGGAUUGUUCCGCUACAACAGAUUAGUGUUUGGUAUCGCUGCAGCGCCAGCAAUUUGGCAGCGCACUAUGGAGCAGAUCCUACAAGGCAUCCCAGGUGUCCAAUGUAUAAUUGACGAUAUGAUAAUUACAGGACGCACUGAGGAGGAACAUCUACAGAACCUGGGUAGUGUACUAGGUAGACUUCAGAAGUAUGGAUUAAAAGCAAACAUUGAGAAAUGUGACAUUUUUAAAGACAAGAUAGAGUUCUGUGGCCAUGUCAUCAAUGCGGGAGGCUUACACAAGACUCAGGAGAAAAUCAAAGCUGUUGUUGAGGCAGCAGUACCAGAAAAUGUCUCGCAGCUCAGAGCCUUUUUGGGCCUGGUCAAUUACUAUGGAAAGUUCCUACAUAACUUGGCAUCAACUCUAAGACCCUUACAUAAACUGUUGGAGAAGAAUGCACCAUGGGUGUGGUCUAGGGAGGUGUCAACAGGCCUUUGUCAAGGUAAAGGAACAGAUGACAUCAGAGCAGGUCUUAGCUCAUUAUGA